AUGCUUGACUCACAAAUCUUUGUAGCGUGCCUCUGCGAUUUGGAUGUAUCCAGCUGUGAGGUGGCCACGAGGACCGAGCAGGGGCUUGUGUGUGGGAGGAGGAGGAAGGCCACCAAUGGGGAGGACUACGCCAGCUUCAGAGGGAUCCCUUACGCCAAGCAGCCUCUUGGGAGACUUAGAUUUAAGGAACUGCGACCAGCCGAUCCUUUUCAUGGAGUUUUCAACGCGACAGAAACAGGCCCCAUCUGCCCACAAGUGGACAUCUUCUUCGGCCCGCUCAUGGCACCCAGGUCCAUGGGCGAAGACUGCAUUCGGAUCAACAUUCACGUGCCAUACAAGUUCUUUCCUGACGUUAGAUCUGACAGUACCAAGCAACUCCUGCCAGUCUUCUUUUGGAUCCAUGGGGGAUCAUUAAACUAUGGCUCUGGGGACCCGGAUUUCUAUGGCCCAGAGUAUCUGAUGACUAAAGAGAUAAUCCUAGUCACAAUCAAUUAUAGGCUCAACGUAUUCGGCUUCCUCAGCCUGGGAAACAAAUACAUCCCAGGAAACAACGGGAUAAGGGAUUGCAUCACGGCCCUCAAAUGGGUCCAGAAAAACAUCAGGAAUUUUGGAGGAGACCCUGAUAGAGUGACGUUGGCUGGACAGAGCGCUGGUGGUGUCCUGGCCCAUAUGAUCUCAGUCUCACCUGCCUCGAAAGGACUAUUUAAACAAGUAGCAGCACUGAGUGGGCAAUCUGCUUACGGAAUGUUCAGUUACUCCCGAAAAUAUGCUAGUAUUGUCAAUGCCAUCUUCUUCAUUGCUAUUGGGAUAAAUCCUCUGCAGCCUCCAAAGAAGGUUCACGACGAUCUCGUGGCUGCCCCUUUAGAGAGACUCAUGUAUGGACAAAAAGCUAUUCUGGACGUAUUGGGCGUAGUAGCAUUUGUCCCUAUUAUAGAAACACCACAACCAGACUUCACGACCGUCCUACCGAAAGAGCCAGAAGAACUAGUCAAUGAGGGCGCUGGAAAAGAGUAUCCUACAAUCAUAGGCUUGUGUAGCAACGAAGGAAUUAUUCUGUAUCCACGGCUAAAGGAAGUACACAUGGCGGAAAAAUUGAAGAUGAUGCCAGCGCUGACUUUGCCUCUAAGCUUGCUGAUGGCGGCUAACUUGGAGACGAUACCAGUUCUGACGACUAUACAGCUGGCGAAAUACUUUAACUACACGAACAUAACUCUGAUCAAAUUCCUUAAUUCAGUAACGGACUUGUCUUAUACGUAUCCAGCGCAAAGACUAGCUCGAAAGAGGCUAGCGACUGGUUCAGCAAAAACCUACUUCUAUCAGUUCGAUUAUAAAUCAAAGAAACAUCCUCUUAAGCUGAGAUUUAAUAUGACAUAUCCAGGAGCUGCUCAUCUAGAAGAUAUCACGUAUUUCUUCAGAUUGAACGCCUUCCUUGGGCCCCAGACUGAGUUGAAUGAGUUAGCGCAUUCUGAUGAUGACAGUCGAAUGAAGGACUGGAUGACUACAAUGAUAUCUAACUUCGUUAUCAAUGGGUCGCCAGCAGUAAAUGAGAGCGACUGGCCUCCCUGUCAAGAGGACCUGAGGUACCAGCAUAUAGAGAAGCCCUUCAAAUACAACUUCACAACCCUAACACCAUACAUGAAGGAUAAUAUCAAAUACUCGUGUGUUACAGUAAUGUUAGCAUUUAAAGUGUUGGGUGUUUUACUUUUAUCUUGUGCGGCAUGUCUUUGCGCCGACCCGGAUCUAACCGGUUGCGAGGUGGCCGCCAAGACCGAGCAGGGGUAUGUGUGUGGGAGGAUCAGGAAGGCCAACAAUGGGGUGGACUACGCCAGCUUCAGAGGGAUCCGGUACGCCAAGCCGCCUCUAGGAGAACUGCGGUUCAAGGAGCUGCAACCACCCGAGACCUUUGAUGGAGUCUUCAACGCAACAGAAACUGGCCCCAUUUGUCCUCAAACGGACGUCUUCUACAAAUCCCUGAUGCAGCCUAGGAGUAUGAGCGAGGACUGCAUCCGAAUCAACAUCCACGUGCCAUACAAGAACCUUCCCAACAUCUCAGACAGCUCGAAUAACACUGAACUCCUGCCCAUCAUGUUUUGGAUACAUGGAGGUGGUUUUGCGAUGGGCUCAGGGGAUCCCGACUUGCAUGGACCAGAGUACCUGGUCACCAAAGACGUCAUUUUGGUCACCAUCAACUAUAGACUGCACGUUUUCGGCUUCCUGAGUCUGGAUAACGAGUACUUUCCCGGCAACAACGGUCUGAGAGACGCCAUCGCCGCUCUGAAGUGGGUUCAGAAGAACAUAAGGAACUUCGGAGGGAACCCUGACAUGGUAUCAGUAGGGGGGCAGAGCGCUGGUGCCGUAAUGGCACAUUUGCUGACCUUAGCGCCUGCUUCGAGCGGACUCUUCAAACAGUGCAUGGCUUUCAGUGGACAAGGAAUCGCUAGCUUCUUCAGCUACUCCGCAGGCUACAGAGAUGUGGUCAACGCACUUUUCUUCACGGAGAUGAGAAUACCUUACCUGCUCCUAUCACCAAAGCAGAUCCAUGACCAGCUUGUCAAAGCGCCGAUAGAUAAAAUAUUGGCAGCAAACAAAGUCAUCCUAGACAUUUUUGGUGUCACUUCAUUCACUCCAACUAUAGAAAAGCCACAAGAAAACUUCACAACUAUGAUUCCUGAAGAUCCAGAAAUACUAUACGAAGAAGGCAUCGGAAAAGAAUACCCUGUGCUAUUAGGCUUCGCUAACAACGAAAGUCAUUCUUUCACGAAUAGAUUUUUAGAAUUAAACAUGCCUACGACGCUAACUCUAGCACCGGUGUUGAUAGUGCCGUUGAAUUUGGUGUUUUCAGUAAAUCCUUUGAUACUGCCGAUUCUUUUGGCGAAGCAGAGGUCAGAGUACGUGAAAUUUAUCCGUGUGACCUUGGAUGAUUUUAUGCGAGCGCUAAUUGAUAUGGACUACCUGUAUCUAGCACAGAGAUUGUCUCUACAGAGGUUGGCGGUUGGUGCCGAGAAGACGUACAUGUACCAGUUCACAUAUACAGGGCAACAUAGUCCCAUUAAAGAAUCGUUUGGGCUGAAUUUCACUGGUGCAGGACAUGUAGAAGACAUAACUUAUUUCUUCAGGGUGAACUCGUUCUUGGGCCCCAUAACUGAUGAGGAUGAAAUGUCGGGAACUACUGACAGUGAAAUGAAAGAACUUAUGACGACGAGCAUUGCCAACUUUGUUUCGACUGGAUCACCAGUGAAGAACGACAGUGACUGGCCAGCGACCGACACGGAUCUCAGUUUUCAAUUAAUUGGAAAACCAGCGCUGAAUUAUUCUAAAAUAACACCUUACAUGGCUGAAAAGAAGGCCCAUUAUGAUGACCUGUACUCAACAGCUGGACGGAGUAUACCUUGAUUAUAGCAACGUUGUUAUAUAAACUAGUUAAAUAUACAUAGUAUACUAAUAAAUGACGUAUGUAAACAUGACAGAGCCUACCCCAAAUAAUGGAAAAGGCUAGGGCAAAGAAGAAGUAAAAGUGCUUUUAAAAGCCUACUUGCAAAAAUAUAAUGAGUUUUUUUUAUAGAAGAAGACGAAUACAUGUCCUUUUUACCCGACAGUGUCAGAAGGAGGGUUAUGUUUUUCAGAGACGUAAAAAUAGCUACAGUACAAACUGUGAUUUAAGCUGGGUUGCGCCAUCUUACUAUAACUUUGACAUGCGUCAAAAAUCUGUCAAACUCCAUACAAAAAGCACCGGUUAUCGUUAUAGUUACGGUCUAAGUUAGGUCGUGCAACUCAGCCUUAGUAUCUUUCAUCGAAUAAAUUAUUAGUUACCAACACUACUUAUCUUUUAACCGAUGACGGCUAUAGUCUGGUCUGUGAGCACGUAGAAUUUUGUCUAAUGACCCCAAGCUACCCAUCCUUAUCGGUCGCGCGUAAUUAUGUUGCUGUCGCGCUCGCACACUCACUGCGGGCGCCCGUCGUACAGUCGCGACAGCAAUAUAAUUACGCGCGGGCGAUAAGGAUGGGUAGCUUGGGGUCAUUGGACAAAAUUCUACGUGCUCACAGACCAGGCUUUACAUUAAAAUACUUUUUGCUCUACGCCCGGUCGAACCUUUAAGGUUAACUGCGCACCUCGUUGGAAUGCGACUCUCCCUCGCACUCACCCGCACACCUCCCCGCGUUCGCUCCGUUCGCUCGCGUCAAUGUGAAGUCACGGCCGCCAGGUGCGCAGUUAACUUGACUGGAUUGUUUAUUACAUUACACAAGGUCUCAAAAGCAGUUAAAAACAUAAGUAUAAAACAACAAAUAAAAAUAAUUUGACACAAGCCUUGUAUAGUGAAAAUGUAUAUUAUCCUUUUUUCACAACGAGAACUGUACAAAAAUAUAUUAAUAAAAUAUAAAAUAUGUC